AUGAAGGGAACGAAAGAGUGGAGAAAUAUGAUAACAAAUUGGGCAGAAAUGAUUGAAAGUGAAUUACAAGAUCAAGAUAUUGAAAUAACAGAUUUAAUUGAUACUUAUGAUAUUUCGGUUGAUAAUAUUGAAUAA